CAAAUGAUUUUUAAUAAUUUAUUAAAAAUUUUAAGUUUAACCAAAAAGAAAGGAAAAAAAAAAAAAAAAGCUGAAAUCCACUGCAAAUAAUAAUGCUUUGGAAGGUAAACAGUUGACGAUUUGACGUUUGUCGACCAAGAACAGAACCAGCUGAUCUUCUUCCUCCUGCAAUCUCUAAUUUCAGGCUUCAAAUCCGCCCAUUUUAAUGCCUCUCCAGCUUCUUCAUGCCUAGCGGAGUGGCAGUGGCAGUAAUUCUACUGGAUUGAGCAGAGGAUCAUGAAUUUCCUAAUCGGAGCUUUCAAGCCGCCAUGUAACAUUUCAAUCACUUUUGCUGAUGGAAGAACUCGCAAGCAGGUUCCAUUUAAAAAGGAAAAUGGCCAAACAGUUAUGGUUCCUCUCUUUCAAAGUCAAGAAAACAUUGUCGGAGAGGUUGUUGUAGAACCAACACAAGGAAAGAAGGUUGAACAUACUGGCAUUAAAAUUGAGUUGCUUGGUCAGAUAGAAUUGUAUUUUGACCGAGGCAACUUUUAUGAUUUUACAUCUCUUGUUCGUGAACUUGAUAUUCCUGGUGAAUUAUAUGAAAGAAAAACAUAUCCCUUCGAAUUUUCUACAGUUGAAAUGCCAUAUGAGUCUUACAAUGGUGUCAACGUGAGGCUUAGGUAUAUAUUGAAAGUGACAAUCAGUCGUAACUACGUCAGCAACAUUGUGGAGUACCAGGAUUUUGUGGUGCGCAACUAUUCCCCGCUUCCGUCAAUAAAUAACAGCAUUAAGAUGGAAGUUGGAAUUGAGGACUGCCUUCAUAUUGAGUUUGAAUACAGUAAAAGCAAGUAUCAUUUGAAGGAUGUCAUCAUUGGAAAAAUAUAUUUUCUUCUGGUGAGAAUUAAGAUUAAAAAUAUGGAGCUUGAGAUCAGGCGUCGUGAGUCAACAGGAUCAGGGCCUAAUACAUAUGUUGAGACAGAGACCCUUGCAAAAUUUGAGUUGAUGGAUGGUGCUCCUGUUAGAGGAGAAUCAAUUCCAAUCAGACUGUUUCUAAGUCCGUAUGAGUUGACACCCACAUAUCGCAACAUCAACAACAAGUUCAGUGUCAAGUAUUUCUUGAAUCUUGUUCUAGUUGAUGAAGAGGAUAGACGGUAUUUUAAGCAGCAAGAAAUCACAGUUUAUCGCCUUCUUGAAAAUUCUUGAUCAUUUGUGAUGGGGAGUUCAGAGUGUUCGAUUUGCUUGCUUUCUUGACGGACUACAACUUGGCGUUUAUGGAGAAACAUUUGUGAUAUUUGCAUGGAGUUUGCCAAAUGACAUACUAGUUUUUGUGGUUUAGUGAAAAAACUUUAAAAUGACAUAAAUCAUACAUCGUUUAGAUUCCUUAACACCUCGUGUUUAAUUUGUUUUUUGUGAAAAUAUUUGUAUCAAUUUGGUUCAUUGUUAUUCAUUUCCUUUUGAUUA